AUGUAUUCAAUAUUGAGACUUGUUUCUCGUCCAUCGACAAUAUCAUGUAUUCGUCAUUUAAAAAUGAAUACAAGAAUGCCACGUUCACGACCAGAUUUACUUCGAUUUAUAGAAGAUAUUACAUUACCUGUACUUGAAAAACCAUUACCAGAUCCUGUUGAAGAUUGUUAUCGAGAACAAAUAAAAAAUAAAAUUCUUCUUGAUCAAGAAGAUAUUGAACUUGCUUCGGAAUAUGAUCAAUUUCGAGCGCGACAUUUUCGUGAAAUACUUGAAUCAAGUCGUAUUGUUUUACUUUGUCAAGAAGUUUGCAUUGUUCCAUCAAUUCGAUAUACAAUUGCAAAAAUGCAAUUUAUGAAAAAUGGAUUCACAUUUACAAAAUUUCCACGAAUAGUUCCACAUUUAGCAUUAGCAAAUGAUAUUCAAUAUGAGAAUUUUCUUCCACCAAUUUUAUCAUUUGGUUUUGAAACAAUUUAUUUAUUUCAUAAAGAGAAUAAUUUAGCAUUAGCUUUUAAAUUACUUAAAAAAUACCGAAAUAAUUUAUUAUUAAUAGGUGGUCUUGUUGAUGGACGUUUGUAUAAUCGAGCUGGUCUUGAAAAUUUAGCACAAUUACCAAAUAUUGAUUAUUUUCAAGGUGAACUUGUUUCAAUAACACAGUUACCUAGUAGUCGAACAUUAUCAUUAGCAAAUCAUCCAGCUCGAUUACUUAGUCAUUAUUUAGAUACAUAUGUUAAAUCUCAACAAACGAAAACAUAA